UUUUACCACCCCUUUUUUUUGUUUUAUUGAUUUUGAACCCCACCCCUCAACCUCCUUCUCCUCCCAUCUUCCGACAAAUCGCCGCCCAUCGCCGCCGUCUGUGUUUCACUCUCCUCUAGGGUUUAUCACUUUUCUCCAUUGUAUUUGUAUCCACGAUUUCCUUCUGCCAUUUUUGUCUCUCCUCCCCUCAACUUUCUGCUCCAUUUUCCUCUGUACGUACACUCCAUUCUUUCCUUUUUUUUUUUUCUGUUUCACUUUUUCUCUCUUACUUUUCUGUCUUACCUGUUCUUUCUCUCGCAUGCUUUUGAAUUUCCUCCGUAUUCUUCCCUUUUCUCUCUUUCGUUUUUUUGUCCUUCUUCCUCCAUAACUGCUACUUCUCUUACACCGAUUAUUACCUCUGCUCAAGCUUUUCUCUGCCGCGUAUUCCUCUUUUUCUUACACGGCUUCUGCUUUGUCGUUUCAUUAAUUUCGCCUGCACCUACUGGUGGGGUAACUACUAAGUAUAGCCUGUGAUUCUGACCACUGUUCAGGCUUUGCGAUUCUUUAAGGCAAUGGUUCUUCGUUUAAAGUCAAUCAACUUCUCUCUGUUUUUUUAGUUUCUGAAGUUUUUCUCUCUUAUAAAGGAUCGGAUUCACUUUCCGAUUCCGACUUCCAUCUCUCCGAUUUCUUGUACAACAGUUCUUUCCGGAGUCCACAGGAUUAAUCCUGUUAUAAAUGAUGAAAGCUCCGCGAGUAUUGGUGAUUUUCGCUUUGGUUUUCUUCAUCUUCUUUUUGGUAUCUGCUUUUCUUACAGAUCUGGAUAUUAUGAACUCGAGUCCACCGAGUUUCCUUCGAUUGGGGUUGAAUACCACAAUAGUCGCCCCUCAUCGGAAGCUUCUCCUCACUAGACAAGCAACAAUUGAGGAACCAACCAGAAUUUGGGGAGAAAAGUGUACAAAGUCAGACAUUGUGAUUAACCAAGGCCCCACAGCUCCACUUCCAACUGGUAUCCCCACCUACACUGUGGAAGUAGUGAAUGCUUGUGUCACUGGAUGUGAGAUCUAUGGUAUUCAUUUCAAAUGCGGUUGGUUUAGCUCAGCCCACCUCAUCAAUCCCAGAAUCUUCAAACGCCUACGUUACGACGACUGUCUCGUGAACGAUGGCAAGCCUCUUGUCUAUGGCGGUACACUCUCGUUCCAGUAUGCAAACACUUUUCCUUACCCACUUUCAGUCUCCUCAGUUGCCUGCAACUGAAAUGAGUCAAAUGACACACACCAAACCGAUUAGGAGACGCUCAUAUGAAGCACUUGAAGCAGCAGCAGGUACUUUAGUCGAUUUACUGAUUGACGAUGGCCCCCCCAACCUGCCUUUUCUUUUCAGUUUUUUGGGUUCUGCUUUUGCUUUAUAUGUGUGUGGCCUGUUAGAAUGGUUGUUUUCUGUUGUUUCUUUUUUCUUUCUAGAGAGGUUUGAUUUUGAUUUUGAUAUAUUUUUUUUGUCAUCUUGAGUUGGUGGAGGGGUAAGGUUUGUGGGUUUAAUAAUGGUCAUUGCACCAACUUUGCAUAUACAUAUUAUAGAUGGUGAGUUAGGCAAGAAUUGAUAGGAAUCUACUUCAUUUUGAUAUCUUUUUUGGGUAGGAAGGCCAAGUGUAUAUAUACAGUUAUAUAGAUUCUGAUAUAGUACUGUGUUAGUUUGACAAGUUGAUGAGAUUUAAAGCCAUUAUAUGCAGAAUAUCUCUCCACCUGUUCGUUUGCUUACUAA